AUGAAUACGAAAAAUUACUCAACGUAUUUAUAUAUAAAUAAUGGAAGAAUAACUAAAAAGAGGAUCUGCUCAAUUCUUAUUCUUCUCAAACUUUUUACCAUUUUAUUUCUCAUUUUUUUAUGUUUUCUUUUAAAAUGCUUAUGUAUACUGGAAAAUUCGUCAAUUUCUGUGAUAAAAUUCAAUGAAGAUCAUUUAAGGAUGCUAUCAGAGAUGGCGUUAGAGGAUAGAAAUAACCUUGAACAUAUUGAUACUUUAUCAGAAAGCUUUUUUGAAUUUCUUAAAGAUAAGGAAAUUUCGUUAAAAAAACGUGCAUUUAAAAAGUGGGAAGAAAUGUGUUUUUUGGAAAAUAUAAGAUAUUCUCUACAUGGAAGAUCAUGGGAAAAAGAUAAAUUCCAGAAGUGGUAUGACCACAUACAAAAAGAUAUAGAUGCUUUUCGUACUAAUGCUAUUGAUGAGUAUAAGAAGUUGAAGGAAAACUCUUCUACGGACAAAGAAUGUUCUAAAUUUUUUAGUAUGAAAAAAAAGGAAUGGAAAAAAUAUAAAGAUAGUAAAUAUAAAUUGUUUAAGGAAUAUGUAAAGAAAUGCAAAAAAGAGUGGGAAUACAUGUAA